AUGGUAGUUGGAACUCCUCUAUGGAGGAUGAUGUUUGGAAGAUGUUGUGGAAGAUUAAAGCCCCUCCUAAAAGUUUUACAUUUUGUUUGGAAAGCUCUUUCGAGUUGUUUGCCUACGCGUACUCAACUUUCUAGUAAACAUGUUUCGGUGGAGUUACAUUGUGUGUUGUGCAGCUAUAGGGACGAGUCAAUUUUCCAUGUUUUGGUUCAAUGCCCCUUUGCUCAUUCAUGUUGGCUCCGAUCUGCGUUAGGUGUUGUCCAUUCCACAGCAAACAAUUUUUUUGACUGGUUUAUGAAAGUGUUGGCAGUGGGCAAUAUGGGGUUGGUGGAAGAAGCCGUCAUGGUUGGUUGGGCAAUUUGGAAGGCUCAGAAUGAUAUGCUUUGGAAUGGUAGAAGCUGUAGUGCUGCUGAUGUUAUUUGGCUGGCUCGUACCACUCUUCGACAAUGGACGAGUGCUCAGUCUAAGCAGCUGGGCUCGGUGUCUUUGACUGCCAAUCGCACUGACACAAGAGAUUACUGGUCCAAACCGGCUGCUGGUCAGUUAAAAAUUAAUGUGGAUGGGGCGGUUUUUGAAGACACAAAUGAGAUAGGCACGAGUUUUGUAGCACACGACUAUGAUGGUCGAGUAAUGGAGGCGUUUUCAACUAUUUCUUCUGUCGGCUGCCGACCCGAAAUUGCAGAAAUUUUAAGUGUCAAAGAAGCACUUAGUUGGAUAAAGAGGAAUAACAAGUCAAAUGUCAUUUUAGAGACGAACUGCAUUUUAGUUGUUCAAGCUAUCCUUAGUUCGGUAUCUAUGCCUUCUAUUUUUUGUUUAUUUGUUAAAAAAUGUCAAGUUAUUUUAUCUUCUUUAUGUAAUGUUUUUAUUGAUCAUGUUAAACGGUCUGCUAACAAAGCCGCACACUGUAUAGCACGUGGUGCUUUUUAUUGGUCAGGUCGUCUCUUUUCUGAGAGUGAUAUUCCCCUUGCUCUUCAGUCCUCUGUAUUAGCGGAUGUUUCUAUCUAA